AUGUCGCAACCCUCGCCCGCGCCACGCCUCACGCCACAGUUCUGCUUCAACCAAACCGCCCUGAGAGACUUCCUCCGCCUAUCACGAAGCACAAUCGACGACUCCAUCACGCAGAACCUCAACGCCCUGCUCACGCCCGCCCAGCGCGGCUUCGACCCCUCGUCGACGUCGACGCGCCAGCUCGCCGUGCCCGCGCGCUCGACACCGCCGGCCCACUGCGACGACUUCAAGCAGCGCGUGCUCUUCCCCAGCUGGGCCGUGCGCUCUCAUGUCCUGGACUACUGCGCAGCCGUGGCCACGAGCCCGGACCCGGACGACCCGGAUAGCGUGCCGAGGCAGGUCGAGCAUGUCAAGGCGCGCGAGCGCGUCGUGGAUGAGCGCUUAGACCCGUACUCCGCCCGCUACUUUCCGCAGGAGGCCAGGACGGAGAGUCUGGCUGCGCUGAUGCGGAAUGAGAGGGCGGCAGUCGAGGCAGUAGAGGAAGUAGAGGCAGUAGAGGCAGUAGAGGAAGUCGAGGCAGUAGAGGCAGUAGAGGAAGUCGAGGCAGUAGAGGAAGUCGAGGCAGUCGAGGCAGCAGAAGAAGUCGAGGCAGUCGAGGCAGCAGAAGAAGUCGAGGCAGUAGAGGAAGUAGAGGCAGUCGAGGCAGUCGAAGAGGUCGAGGCAGUAGAGGAAGUAGAAGAAGUCGAAGCAGUAGAGGAAGUCGAGGCAGCAGAGGAAGUCGAGGCAGCAGAGGAAGUCGAGGCAGCAGAGGAAGUCGAAGCAGUAGAGGCAAUCGAGUUAGCAGCGUGUUUGCAUCUGAACAUGGUGAUGAGCGCAUGCAUGUUGGCGUUGCAGGAGCAUUUCAUCUCAUCUGAUCAGUAG